AUGUUAAAUCCGUUCGACGUCUUUUUCCAUCUAUAUUAUAUUCGUUCGACUUCUUUUUGUCAUCUAUAUUAUAUUCGUUCGUUCUUUUUGCAAUCUAUGUUUCUUUUGUCUUUUCUAUAUAUUAUAUUCGUUCUUCUUUUUUUUGUCAUCUAUAUUAUAUUCGUUCGACUUUUGCCAUCUAUGUUAAAUCUCCCUAACAUAUGCCCAUUGAACCAGUAUAAACGGGUUCAGGGCCGGUUUACCUGCCCGAAAGGGACUCCACCCUUCGGCGUAGCUUGGUUCGGGUUCCUCUCCGCCCGAAGGCAGAGAGUUCAACCGAACAGUCGUUCACCUGGGCCGGUUUACUUCCCCGAACGAGACUCCGACCCUCGGCGUAGCCUCGUUCAGGUUCCUCCCUGUCCGAAGGCAGAGAGGUCAACUGAUCAGCCGGUCGACCGACAUCGACUGACUGACUCGAUAUUCAGUCCCCACCCCACUGGGGCAUCAUCCUUUCUCUUUAUCACGGUACGUAAGCGUUGGAUAUAUCUAUCUAUCUAUCUAUCUAUCUACGUUCAAUAUCUAUGUGAUACCUUUUGUUCUUUCUACCUUAGGCUGUUCGUACGGAUAUUAACUCGCAUCUAA